CUGUGCCGUGAGCAGCCAUCUUGGAUAGACAGAUCACUUGAGCCAGGAUAACCUGCAUUCCUCUUCUGAACAGCUCAAGAUCACAAAGCAUAAAAGACUUAAUAUCUGAGCCACAAUGGCCACUGCACCGUACAACUACUCCUACAUUUUCAAAUACAUCAUUAUCGGGGACAUGGGGGUAGGGAAGUCAUGUUUGCUUCACCAGUUCACAGAAAAGAAAUUCAUGGCGGAUUGCCCCCAUACGAUUGGUGUGGAGUUUGGUACAAGGAUAAUUGAAGUGAGCGGCCAGAAGAUCAAGCUGCAGAUUUGGGACACAGCGGGGCAAGAGCGCUUCAGGGCCGUCACGCGCUCCUACUACCGCGGGGCUGCAGGGGCGCUCAUGGUCUACGACAUCACCAGGAGAAGCACGUACAACCACCUCAGCAGCUGGCUGACUGAUGCCAGAAACCUCACCAACCCCAAUACUGUGAUCAUUCUCAUAGGAAAUAAAGCGGACCUGGAGGCCCAGAGGGACGUCACGUAUGAGGAAGCAAAGCAGUUUGCUGAGGAGAAUGGUCUGUUGUUUCUGGAGGCCAGUGCAAAAACAGGUGAAAACGUCGAGGACGCCUUCCUGGAAGCCGCUAAGAAGAUCUACCAGAACAUCCAAGAUGGCAGCCUGGACCUGAACGCCGCCGAGUCGGGGGUCCAGCACAAGCCCUCGGCCCCUCAGGGCGGCCGGCUAACCAGCGAACCACAGCCUCAGAGGGAAGGCUGCGGAUGCUAAUGACCAAGCAAAAUCCCCUUCAUCCUCCCUUCCUCUCUCUCUGUCUCUCUCCGUCUGUCUGCUCUCCCUCAACCAUCCCCCCCUCCAUCCAUUCCUCCACCUCCGUAUGUCCAUCCACCAUCCUCCCACGAGAGCAGGGUUGCGGAGGGAAGGAACGGGGGACGGAUAUCGAUUUGGGCCAGACUGAGCUGGGCUGUGUGGACUUACAUCUCUCCCCUCCUCUUUUUCCUCCUCUCUGCCUGUCUGUCUCCCUUUGUUGCUGUCUCACUCCUCUCUAAGCUCUGUCAGUGUGUUGUCGUCCCAUAACUCUCCUCUUCCGCUCCCCUCUGCUCCUUCAGCCCUAGUCCCCCCCCCCCCCAUCAUAGUAUCGUAGACGCCACCACGCAUCACACGGGUUACUGACACUUUAGAUAGAUGUAACGUUCAUAAUGAUAAACCGAGACUGUUUAAUUAUGUUUGGUUUUAUAGCUAUAUAUGACAUGUAAACACCGCAUUAAGUUUCAUCCACCACUGGUCACUUCUGUAUGAAUCCGAUCGAAAUUAUACUCUCAAACUCCUGACGUCUCUCCUGCAUGGUUAACCGAUCCAGCGUUCAACUGCAGGUGUGAUAUCUUGCUUGUUAAUUUUUGUGGGAUCAGACAGUAAAAGGCUUUGAAGUAUCUCGCAGCCACACAGGUAGAGAGCGCGUUAGUGUGUGUCGAUGAAUGUGUAGUCGAGUGAUUCAAACCUGCUUGCGGCUUUUAAUUCUGUUGCUGCUGCUCGGCACUUGCCAGAUGUGGCAACGGCGAUGGUCUCAGGAGGGAGGGAGAAUUUCAAAAACUAGGAAUUACCCACAAAUUCCCUGUAAGUAAUUUCUCAUCCUCGCUUCUGAGAUAUCACAGGAAGGAAUAUUAGGUGUUUUCCAGCUCGUCUGUGUGUGUGUUUGUGUCUGUGUGUGCAGAAGUUGGAUUGACUAAAAGGAAAAAAAACUUUUCUGGUUUUGAUGGAAAGAAUUAUUCACAUAGGUUUCUUUGCACCAGCUCUCCCUCUCCUCACCCGUCCGACCCCCCAAAACCACCCCCCCCCCCCCCCCGAGUCAUAUCAACAGAUUCUGUCUUUACCAGCAUUUUCUUUGUCAUUGUUUGUUGCCUUAUUAUAAUUAAUGUUAUUAAUCUUUAUUGUGUUGCUGCACUUGCUCUUCACACUGCUGUCGGACUCACACCAAGUCAAUUAAAUCUACUCUUUUUAGAUUAAUGAUUGCAUUUUACCGGAGAGUAACGUAAAUAUUUCAAGUGGUGGCUCACAAAAAAUCUCAAAAGUAUCAGCAGCAUGGUCUUAAAACUGUCAACACUCCUGUAUCUCAAGUGCUGCACUGAAGAGCUGAUCUGUUGUUCAUUUUGGGCGGUUGUUCCUCUGCCGUGUAUAAUACAGCACCAAGCAGCAUGCCCCCCCGAAACACAGUGACAUUGUCAAAAUCCAAUUGUUUUUUUUCAAGUACAAUUUUUCUGUACUAUAGUGAUUCCCUAAUUGGACAGCUGUAUAUAUUGCUUCUUAACUAUUGGUGAUGACCUCGCUACUUGGGAUUUAGAAAUUUAUUUGCUGGCUCUGCCAAGAUCUGUACAGUUGAUGUGCUAGUGGGUUGCCUGUAAUUCAUGCUUGGGAAAUUCUGUAACAUAGUUUCUAUUAAUAAAUGUAUGUAAAGGACAGACACCCUGACACCCCCCAACCACCCCCGCCUGCACACUACUGAACCUGUCAAUAGGUUGAGGGGAGAGGAAGUGGAUUGAGAUGACGUGCAAACUAGUAUUUAUGUCUGAUUCCUCUCAUUUCUGUAUGGAGUGGAGAAUGGGGCACUUUUUCUGUUUAUAUUCUUUUUUUUCACCCCCUCAUCGCUCCUUCACAUGGGAGGGGCCUACAUCGCUGUCUUAACUUUUUGGGGAGCGGGGAUUGGUUUGUUAUUGUGGGAAGUUGGUGGGCUGGGUCUUCCUUUUUCCUGUGUCCCACCUCUUUGCAGUCUGAGUGACCACUUCCUGCUUUUGUCUGUCCACAAGUACAAAAAAAGUACAUAUGUAUAAAUUUUUAAGGAGCUGUGCUAACAUUUAAAUGCGUUCUUGAGUGUAUAUGAUUUUAAAAUGUUGACAUUUUGAUUUUAAUGACAAAAUACUCUAGACAGAAAAAAUAAAUUAUACAU